AUGUAUCCCAUAAGAAGGAAGAAAUCAGCUGAGAGGAGCGUCAGGGAUUCUAGUGGUCGUGUCUCUGUCGAUCUGGUCUUGAGGGUGUCAGAAGGUGGGGUGCGCUCACGAGGGGCUGAGGAUGUGAAAACUACACGGUCAGGACACGCUGCAAAGACUUGUCGUCUGCUGGGAGUCAGCAAAAUGGCCACAUUCCUUCUCUUCUUCCCGCUCCUGGCUGGCUUCUCGGCACUGGAGGCCCAACCUGCCCGCCAUCACCCUUCGUGCCGCAUCGUGGGCACGAGCAUGGUCUGCAGAGAUUUGAGCCUCACCAGCGCCCCCGUUGACCUCCCAUCGGGUGUCCAAGCACUGGACCUCUCACACAACCAGCUGCAAAACCUUAGCCGUAACACGCUUGCUGACCACACGAACCUUUCUCGCCUUGACCUGCACUCCAACAAGAUCCACUUUAUUCAGCCAGGACUUUUUGAAGCCAUGAAUGACCUCAAGGUCCUGGAUCUGUCCGGAAAUCGUCUCGACGUGUUUGCUCAGGCCAAAAUUCAAAUAGGAACACUUUCAGCCGUGGAGUCUCUGGAUCUCUCCGGUAAUGGCUUGUACACGGGGAUGUCAGACUUUUUUCUUUCUGAUUCACCAUCGCUUGAGGAGCUCUCGCUGAGCAGCAACAGCAUCACCAAGAUCGCUCAAAACACUUUCCGUGGGGCGUUGUCCCUGAGGAGGAUCAGCCUCCACAACAAUGUCAUUUUGGAAAUCGAAGAUGGCGCCUUCGAUUCUCUCGUCGGUCUGAGCGAACUGGACUUGUCCAUGAACUCAAUCGCUUGCAUCACUGAUUUCAAUCUGAGCCGCCUGAGAGUGUUGAACCUCAGCAGGAACAGCCUGGAGCUCUUCCAGAGUCCCAGCUCAGACGAGCCUUACCGCCUCACCUUUCUAGAUCUAAGUGAAAACAAACUGCUGUACUUCCCGCUACUGCCCGUGAACAACGUGAUCCUGCAUCUGGACCUUUCACGCAACCGUCUGCAGAGUGUUGACGCGUCUGACUCGGCAGAAACAAAGAUGCCCAUGACGGCUUUGAAGCACCUGAGACACUUAGAUUUAAGCUACAACCAACUCACAGGCUUGCCGCAGUCCUUUUUUCGCACCAUGAGUGCGCUGGAGGUCCUGAACGUGAGCAACAACUGCGUCACUUCAUUUUCUGUCACUGAAAAAGACCUUCUUCUCACAGCUAAGAUUGUCAACCUUAGCUAUAACUCCUUGCAGAGACUUUCUCUCAGGGAAGGCACUUUGUUGGCAUUGGAGGAGCUGUUCCUCCAAGGGAAUGCUCUUAGCACCCUGGCACAUCAAACUUUUCAGAGACUUCCGAGACUAAACUUCCUGAGGCUUGAAGAGAACAAUCUACGUGUGUGCGCCUCGGAGACAAAACCAGAUGAAAAUCCUCCAGGUUGUGUCUUGUUCUCUUCUGUUCCUAAACUUAAGAUCCUUUACCUUUCUGAGAACAAUCUGAAGAGUUUGCCUUGCAGAGCAUUCGCCGACACCCCUCUCAGUUUACUGGACUUGUCCGUCAACCCUGGCAUAGAGAUGCACCAAGACUCUCUAGCGGGUUUAGAGCACUCCCUGGUACAGCUACUCCUGAGGGAAAACAACAUAUCCAGGUUGAACGCGGACAUGUCGUCACUCCGGAGCUUAAAACUGGUGGAUCUGUCUACCAAUCAACUGACCAGUCUCCCCACGUGGAACAGAGAGUCGUCCAUUGAGACGCUCAACCUGCAGAACAACAGCCUGGUCACCCUGGAGAGCGCCGCCAUGGCGCCAUUGAAACACUCGCUGAAGACGCUCUACGUUGGCGACAAUCCUCUUAGUUGCUGCGAAAACCUGGACUUGGUGCAUCUGCUGCAGCACUCAGCCGUGGUGGUGCCUGACAUCGAGGCCGCGACCUGCAUUCUUCGUGAGGGCUUCGAACCAGUUAAUAUUGAGACGGUGACACGGGAAAUGUGCAGAGGGCGAAAGAAAGCCAACUACAUCGUCGUCAUCGUCUUGAUCGUGUUCUUGGCAGCCAUCGCUUUAGGAAUGCUGGUGAAAUACUGCAAGUCUAGCAAGCGGAAACCCAUCCGAAGAUUUAGCGCAUGA